UUGAUCUGCGACAUUGUGAGGUGUGAGGUUUACGCGAUCUCUCCGACGUUCACCGUUCACGUUUCAAACACCUUGUUCGAUUUCCGCUUGUUGCGACCAUUAUUAAGGACGCGACGAAGAUUGCCACGCAUCCAACGCCUGUACGUUCGUUCAGUGCACGAGCUAACGUUAGAGGUCCCCGAGGUUUCUGUUCGAUCGAAGAAUAGACGAUAUCUACUUACCAGUGUAACAUGUCGGUUACUUCCGUACAAUCAGCUACCACUGAGAGCCUUUCCCGUCACGGAAGCAACAUCUCGCUAUCCCAUCACAGCCUGUGUGGGAGCGUGGACGAUGGUCUGCAGGGCUCGCAUCCCCAGUAUCAGGACACGAUCCUCACGAUCGAGGAGCUGCGUGCUCAACUCAACUCCUGCUUUACAUGCGGAGUGUCGUGGAGCGAGGAGCACGUCUCCCUAGACUGCAGCGAGUGCGGUGGUUACUCUCUACAACGGCCAUGCCCGCUUUGUGACGGUCGUUGCCAUACCACGUGGAAGCGCGACCUCACCAUGUCCCAUGCGAGUGGUAAAGCAAGAUGGAUCGGUGAGUGCGGGCUAAGCUGUGGACCCUCCUUGGAGGAAUCACUGGUGCCCGCGUUGGAGAAGCUGCGGGCUACUUCGUGAACGGUGUCAGCCCGAGCACCAUCAACCAUGCACAAGACUUAAAUCCAUCACCAUCCAUCUAGUAUCACCCACCACCAUCGCGUGCGAGACUCAAGAAAGAAAGAAAGAAAGAAAGAAAGGAAGAGAGAAAAAGAGAAAUGUGUGAAUGUGAACCAUGGAUGAUAUGCAUUAUGUUCCUGAGGGGGACGGCUGACAAGGGAGAGAAGAGUCAGUUUCGGCCUUGUGGUUUUUUCCCCAAAAAUACAAAGCCAUACCCAGUUGGUCCCUCAACAUCAAGGACCACCAUCAUCGUCAUUAUCGUCUUUCAGGCGAAAGUACAAAAACUACGCGACGACGUCCGAAUUCUAGAAUUGAAAAAUUUCUACGUUAUAUUGAAUGAUUAACUAUGUUGCAGCGAACUAGUUUAAAACAUUGCUCUUUCGGAGAACAGAUUUUAAUUUACUUUCAGAAGAUUUUAUGUCGAUUUAUCGUAAAAUUUAUUUUGAUUAUUUCUCCAGCGAUUUUGAGAAUUAAGA